CGCGGCGGGCACGGCAGGGCAGGGCAGGGCGGGCGGCAGCGGCCGAACCCGCAGCCCUCCCCCGGCCAUCCCGGCCGGCCCGGCCCCCGGGGAGCGCGGGGCAGCGCCCGGGGGCGGCGGCGGCAUCACCAUGGGCCGGCCGGGCAGGGUGCUGCGGCUGCUGGCGCUGCUGGAGUUGCCCUGCUGCCUGCUGGAGCUGCUGCUCGGGGAGGCGGCCCGCGGGCAGGAGAUGUACGCGCCCCACUCCAUCCGGCUGGAGGGGGACAUCACCCUGGGCGGCCUCUUCCCCGUGCACGCCAAGGGCCCCCCGGGCUCCCCCUGCGGGGACAUCAAGAAGGAGAACGGCAUCCAUAGGCUGGAGGCGAUGCUGUACGCCCUGGACCAGAUCAACAGCGACCCGGAGCUGCUGCCCAACGUCACGCUGGGCGCCCGCAUCCUGGACACCUGCUCCCGGGACACCUACGCGCUGGAGCAGUCCCUCACCUUCGUCCAGGCGCUCAUCCAAAAGGACACCUCCGACGUGAGGUGCACCAACGGCGAGCCGCCCGUCUUCGUCAAGCCGGAGAAAGUAGUUGGAGUGAUCGGGGCGUCGGGAAGUUCCGUGUCCAUUAUGGUGGCCAACAUCCUCCGGCUGUUCCAGAUCCCACAAAUCAGUUAUGCCUCAACUGCACCAGAGUUGAGCGAUGACAGGCGCUAUGAUUUCUUCUCACGGGUGGUUCCUCCAGAUUCCUUCCAAGCACAAGCAAUGGUGGACAUUGUGAAAGCUUUGGGAUGGAAUUAUGUAUCCACUUUGGCAUCUGAAGGGAAUUAUGGAGAAAAAGGAGUCGAGUCCUUCAUGCAAAUUUCCAGAGAGGCAGGUGGGCUCUGCAUCGCCCAGUCCCUGAAGAUCCCCCAGGACCGCAAGGACAAGAGCAUCGACUUCGAUAAAAUCAUCCGGCAGCUGCUGGAGACCCCCAACGCCAGGGCCAUCGUCAUCUUCGCCAAUGACGAGGACAUCAAGCAAAUCCUGGCGGCUGCCAAGAGGGCGGAUCAGGUGGGGCAUUUCCUGUGGGUGGGCUCGGACACGUGGGGCUCCAAGGUGAGCCCGCUGCUGCAGCAGGAGGACGUGGCCGAGGGAGCCAUCACCAUCCUGCCCAAGAGAGCCACCAUCGAGGGGUUCGACACCUAUUUCACCUCCCGCACGCUGGAGAACAACAGGAGGAACGUGUGGUUUGCAGAGUACUGGGAGGAGAACUUCAACUGCAAGCUGACCAUCACUGGCUCCAAGAAGGAGGACACGGACCGUAAAUGCACAGGGCAGGAGCGCAUCGGGAAGGACUCGCACUACGAGCAGGAGGGGAAGGUGCAGUUUGUGAUCGACGCCGUGUACGCCAUGGCCCACGCCCUGCACCACAUGAACCGCGACCUGUGCGCCGACAGCGCCGGGCUGUGCCCCGAGAUGGAGCACGCGGGGGGCAAGCGGCUGCUCAAGUACAUCCGCAGCGUCAACUUCAACGGGGACUUGUCCUGGGUUCUGAGGGCGGAGCAGUGGGAGCUUUGUCCAGCUCUGUGUGAGAGAAGCGCCGCCUGCUCUCCUCCUGUUCUCGAGUGUCCCGAGCCCCGGAGCCUGGCAUCCUCUCAGUGUGGGGCAGCUCUCCUCGGCCCCUGGGAUCCUCCUGCUGGCCCUGCUUUGGGGCCGUGUCCUCCGUGCAGAGGUGCUGCCAUCGAUGCAGCCAGGGCUGUGAUGAAGAGAGGCUGGAUCUGAGCGAGGAGCUCAGUGUGCAUUUUGUGAUCAUUGUUGCCUGGAGAACAAAAGGCCCAAAAUAUGGAAAACUUUAAACCUCGAGUGCUCACGCAGUGAGAUUCUGAAAGUUUUGAAGUGCAAUUGUAUUUUUGCCAGUGAAAAGCUGAAGAUGCUGUUCACAGGAGCCCCUUGGGUGCUCAAACUGCCGUGAACGUGCCCUGAGUAACAAACGCCUUGGCUGGUGACACCUGUGUAACUCCUGUCCUCCUCUUAAUAAUUCAUUUCUCAUCUUUUAGUGAUUAAGAGAUCGAGAUCCUACAAAUUCAAGUCAGAUUGUGUCUGGGUUUGAGGGUUUCCUGCAGGUGUCAAGUGCCCUGUGUCUGUGUGGGGCGAAGGCAGCUCCUUUGUUGGGAACUGAAUUAAAUUGUCACGGCUCUGCAUGAGCAAGAAGCUGCAGCCUGGAGACUGACACAGGUUCUGAACUGCUUACUGGGCUCAGCAAAAUCUGCUAAAUUGUAAUAUAAAGAAAAUAAAUCCUAAAUGAUCAAAAACCAGUGAAAUAAUGACAUGUUUUAAUGAUUGGAAGAUCAAGGGUUAUUUUUGAAACCGCUGUUUCCUCUCUGUGAUAAGGUUUUCAUACAUCACUUUUUAUUAAUUCCAUUAUUUUAUCAAAGGAGCCUGAGCUGGGGCUGGAAUGCUGCGGUGAUGUAAACCAGGACUGACAGACCCUGCAGACAGGUGGCACAGAAAGGGCUCCAGAGCCUCACCUGGCCCACGCAGAGGUUAAGGAGGGCUUGCCCCUGCUGAGCAGAGCCUUGGCUGGAGCCCAAUUACUGCCACUUCAAAGUCAGGAGAGGGGACACGUGUGCCUGACCUGUGCCCCGAGGUUAGCAGUGCUUCCCAUUUCCACAGCUGCUCGUCCUCCCGAUGGAGCACGGGCUUCUCCCAGCCUGUCUGUGUCAUUUUAGCACAGAAGCAGUGAUGGGCCUGGAAACAGUGUUCACUUCUGCCCACACCGUGUCCAGACCCGUGUGUGAGGUCCCAGGGAUGUGCCUUUGGGGCCUCUGCAGUGACCCAUCCCACGGUGCUGUGCAGCCCUGCUGGAUCCAAGGGAUCCUUUGUUGCUAUAAAUGGCUUUGCUGGGGGAUUUGGGGUGCUGUUCCCGUGACGGUGGCCGUAGGUGUGUUCUUGGCUGCGUCCCCCAGCGUUUGUCCCAGCACUGACUUUGGGGUGGCCGUAACAGUGGUGUCCAUCCUCCAUCUGCCUCCUGACGAGCAGACCUAGACCUCCCUCUGUGUUCUGGAGCUGUGUUGUGACGUGGGCAAUCCUCAGAUGUGUCUCUUGAAUUUUGGGAGCCUCACUGGAGCUCCUGCCAUUUCAGGUGUCCCUUUCUUGUCAGCUCUGACAAACCCAAGCUUAACUCACCCUAAGCAGCCCUAAGAGUCGUAAUUAGCCAAAUCCCAUUUAGCACUUGUGCUGCCUUUCCCGAGGAGCCGAGGAAUUACAGCCAUUGCUUCUGAUUCACUCUGAGUGUUCCCACUCAAAUGUAUUCUGGCUCCAUGAAUCUGUAAUGACAAUUAAAUAUCUGCCUGGUGCUCACAAGGAACCAGCGAGGAGAGAUUUCAGUGGCAGAUUUUCUGUACCAGCCUUUGAACUGAAUUUGUAUCUGAUCUCAGAGGAUUGUAGGAGAGACAGGAAACAAUUUACCAGGGCUAGAGUGGAGACUAUGCUAAUUCACUCCUUCAAAUCUUUUUUUCACUCCCUGGAAUUCAAUGAAGAAUGAGAAUCAUGAAGAAAACGAUAAUCUUAAAGUUCAGUGCUACAACAGGAGAGAUUUUUCAUUGCUUUAGGGAAAAAAAGUUACGCAGGAGGAGGAAGCUUUGAAUAUAGAUAUGCUGGAGGAUUGUCAUAAUCUUCAAUCUUGACACAAUAUUACUCUACCCUACCGAAACCUAUUUUAAUAUGUCUGGAAAUAAAUGUCACCCUGGAAGGUUGCUCCUGGAGCUCUGAGGAAAUGAAGCACCGCUUUGAAUUCUCCUCUCGGGAAGGUUCCCGUCCAGUGCUGUGGUAUUUAAAAUGCAGAUGUCCUGCUGGGAGCUCACUUGAGGCUGGGGCUCCGGGCAGCUCCAGGAAAGGUCGGGGGUUCUCUGGCCCUGCACUGCCCCGUGUUUGUCACUUCAGCACAGGGUAAAUAGAGGCAAUCCAGUGGUGGUGCCACAGAGCCCAGAUAAGGAGGACACAAGGAAUGCUCUUCCCAAAGCUGCCUCUGUUCUUUCCCACCCCAGCGCACGGCGAUUACAGGAAUGGAACAUGUUGUGGAGGAGGAAGCUAUUUCUGGAUGCUAGUCAAGACUCACUAGACCCGGGCUGACUUCUGACAGCAGCAUCUCUCAGACGCAGAUGGAACGUUUUCGGGGGGGGGGGAACAGCAUUUAGAGGCUCCAUUCACAGGAGUGAUUUUCACUGGAGAACUCCCUGAGGAACAGGAGAUGGGAGGGAGGCUGGAGGGUAGGAAGAAAAGCCUUCUGAUAUUUCUCGUGUUGGGCGGAGCAGGGUGAGGUAAGGCUGGUCUAGGAUUGCUGUGUUUAUUUUCAGGCAGUAGGGUCAGGCAGAGAUAAUGGAUCUGUGGAGAGGGCCGGGUGAGGGCAGUGUCCUGAAGUGCCUGGUUUGGAUGGCUGGGGGGCUGGAUGGCCUUGGCCUGGAAUGUGCUCCCAGUGUGAAAGCUCUCACCCAUGACCAAAUAAAAGAGAUUUGGUAAAGGUUUGGUGUUGGUUGGUUGGAUUUUGUCUUGUUUCCUUC